AAUGGAAGGAAUAUUUUAAUACAUUGAAAUAUGGAAUGCACUAUUCAACAGAUGAAAAUAAUAUCUGGCUAAAUGAUUUUCUCUUUAGCCAAAAUUAGUUUCUUUAAGUCGUACAGUGAUAGUUGCCUCAAUAAAUGCACCAUGUAGGCUAUUUGUAUGAACUAUGUGUGACCCCUCCGCUAAAAAAAAACAGCCAAAUUCCUUAAGUGACAUUGCAUUUCUCCUAAUAUUUGGCUACAUGACCAAUUAGUAGCCUUAGCCCAGAUUUAUUACAAUAUGACUUCCUGUUGUUGUAUUCAUGAGGAGCUGAAGUGUACAUCCUUUUAAAUGUUCAGCAUGUUGCACAGCUAAAAGGUCACAGUUGAGAUAAUACGAACACUUUGUGUGAUCUCAGCUGUAGCUAAGAUAACCACAUUUUUAAAAAAAGCAGAUAAAACGUUUUGUCUUUGUUUUGUGUUCAGUGUGAAAGUGAGAUAUUCCUUUAAUACUAGUUACACAGAAUGAUGCACUAAUGCUUCACAUUUCUCAUGUCAAAAUGGUGCAAAACAGGCAUCAGAGCCGAAUAUCAUUUGAAAUAUCAUCCUCUUUACCUCAGUUGCCUGUUUAACCAAAGGACUGAUGGCCGUUUGUGCGUCCAGCUCUCCCUGCUGUUUAAAAAAACCUGCGUUUUCCCAGAGAGGAGGGGCUCCAUUUAAAAUGCAAAUCUUCAAAGAACAAUCUAGUCAUAUGUCAUCUAUUUGCAAUGAGACACCAGCAAUUUGACGCUGCUGUUGGUUAAUCUUUGUGGUGUUUAAAAAUUUCACAGCAGAUAAAAAGGCACGUUUCCAAAAGGAUUGUUCUUUCCGAUAGUUUCAGUGUUACACUGUUAGUUUGUGGCAGUUUGCAAGGUCAACAGAUGACACAUUAUUUUUAUUAUGUGAAUCUCUUCAAGCCUGUUGUAACUGCGUUUGAUUUUUGUUUUAAACCUUGGUAACAUAACAGGUGUUUUAUAGGGUAGUGAGUUAAAGUUUAAUGACUGUGAGAUAGUAACUGUACAUUCUAAGCACCUGGUGAACUGCCUAUGAUCCUUUGACCGGCUCUGAGAGACGUUGGUGAAGCUACACGGUGAACAGCGAGUCACUGAGGCCUGCAAAAAAAUUAAGGCAACUCUUUGCAGUCCAGUCAUUCCUGGACUUAACCAUGGUGAAUAAAACAAUAAUCAUUGCCUUGUCUCUUCUGCUGGUGGCAUCUGCUGCCACAUUUUUGGGUGUUUACUUCGGUGUGGGUGGAAUGAAAGAUCCAGGUGUUUUCUCCACAGCAGCUGUGGCAGCAGAUGCUGGACCAUGUUCAGAGGUCGGCAGAGACAUCCUGAAGCAAGGGGGCUCUGCAGUUGAUGCCUCCAUAGCUGCUUUGUUGUGUGUGGGGCUAAUGAACGCUCACAGUAUGGGCAUCGGAGGAGGACUUUUUCUCACCAUCUAUAACGCAACAACCGGCAAAGUUGAAAUAAUUGAUGCCAGGGAGACGGCACCAAAUAAUGCAACAGAAAACAUGUUUGGGAGCAACACAGAUUUAGCUCAGAAAGGAGGGUUGUCCAUCGCUGUACCAGGGGAGAUUCGAGGAUAUGAGCUGGCACACAAACGGCAUGGCAGAUUACCUUGGCGUGACUUAUUCCAACCAAGCAUUAAGCUGGCACAAGAAGGUUUUCAUUUGGGCAAGGCACUCGCUUCUGCUAUAGCCAGGCACAAAACCACCAUCACCCAGGACCCAGCCCUGUGUGAAGUGUUUUGUGGGAAAAAUAACGACACCUUAAAAGAAAAUGACCACAUAAAGUUUACCAACCUCGCCAAUACCUACAAGAAAAUAGCUGAUGAGGGGCCAGAAGCUUUCUACAGUGGAGACAUAGCUGAGAAUCUUGUGAAGGACAUUCGGGCAGCUGGUGGUAUCAUCACACUGAAGGAUCUGAAGGAUUAUAAGGCUAUUUUAGAUGAAAAACCUGUCCAAGUCAAUAUCGGGGAGUACACCAUGACUGCUCCCAAUGCUCCAGCGAGUGGCCCUGUGCUCGCACUGAUAUUAAACAUCUUGAAAGGUUACAACUUCACCUCAGCUAGUGUGUCAAGCACUGAGAAUAAGAUUAGAACUUACCAUCGCAUUGUGGAGGCCUUUCGUUUUGCAUAUGCAAUGAGGACCAGGCUGGGAGAUCCAGCUUUCCUCAACAUUUCUUAUCUCAUCAAGAAUAUGACUUCUAGUUCCUUUGCCACCUACCUCCGUGACAAGAUUACAGAUGACACCACACAUAAUAUGAGCUACUACAACCCAGAGUUCUACAUACCUGGAAACCAUGGGACCUCCCACAUCUCAGUCAUAGAUAAGGAUGGAAACGCCGUGGCAGCUACCAGCACCAUCAACAACUAUUUUGGAUCCAAAGUCAUGUCGAAAUCAACAGGGAUAAUUCUCAACAAUGAGAUGGAUGACUUCAGCUCCCCCAACAUCACCAAUAGCUAUGGACUCCCUCCAUCACUCAACAACUUUAUCAAACCAGGGAAAAGGCCAAUGUCCUCUAUGUGCCCCACUAUUCUUUUUGACAAAAAUAACAAAGUUAAAAUGGUGGUUGGUGCCUCAGGAGGAACAAAAAUAACUACUUCAACUACUCUGGUGAUUCUGAAUGCACUGUUUUUCAACUAUGAUGUGAAGAAAGCUGUGGUAGAUCCAAGACUCCACAACCAGCUGGCUCCAAAUGCCACUGUAGCUGAGCCAAACUUUGACAGUGAAACACUGGACGGUUUGGCAAAGAAGAACCAUGUGAUAGAGUACCUCGAUUCCAUAGGGGCUGUGGUGCAGGCGGUGGUCCGUCACAACGAUGGACUCCAUGCUCAGUCAGACCCGAGGAAGUGGGGGUAUGCCGCUGGAUACUGAGAUCACAACAGCGCCACUGGUUAUACAGAAAGACUGUGAUUGUGUGACCUUUGACCGCUGUGCUAUUAGUCUAAAGAACAGUGGCUCCAUAUUGACCCAAGAACGACCAGUAGCUGUUACACAGCCUAUGAAUCAGAUCAUUCAUGGUGUUGACCAUGACAGCAAAGUGCCUCAGUCAACAAUUGUCACUUCUGUUCUAUUUAUAUGUCAUCUUAAUUUUGUGAAGUAUUUAAAAAAUGAGUGAUAUUACAGGAACCAACAUUCAGAUAUGAAGUUGCUGAUAUUAUUAUCAGGCCUCAGUUGUGAAAUGUUUUUUUGUUUGGUUUUGUUUUUUUAGAUUCUUCAUUAUUUUUUUCAUUUUGAAGGCAUUAAGAACAAACAUUAUGAUUCCAAGUGCUGGAAAAUCUGAAGUUUGAAUUUUGACAUAAAGCUAUAAAGUGGUCAA